GCUAUAAAAUGAAGGAACUUACUGUAACCAGUUCACAGUCUUUACUUGGAGUUCCGUUUGUGAACUCCUUAACAGAAACUACAGUAAAUCUAAUGCUUUAAUCAGUGAGAACACAAUAGCGCUGUCGGCUUUUCCUUUCACUUGGCGACCUGAAAACCGCGAGCUGAACCAUGGCAGGAGACGGGUCAGAUCAGCGGGCGCUGCAGUAUGAACAAACUCUUAUGUAUGGGCGUUACACCCAGGAGCUCGGGGUGUACGCCAAAGAGGAGGCCGCUCGGCUGAGGGAGAGCGGGCAGAGGCGAUCAGUCAGCGAUCGAAGCCGGACAUUGGACCUGCUGGAGUACGACAAGGGCCGCUGUGCCAAGUGUCGGAGGUCUGGGUACCCGUAUGUUCUGGAGGCCCCAGCUCAGGACUUUAUAUCUGUCUGCACGGUUCGCUGUCAGAAGUUCCUGAUCUCGCGUGUCGGCGAGGACUGGAUCUUCCUCAUCCUGCUGGGACUCCUCAUGGCCCUGGUCAGCUGGGUGGUGGACUUCUGCAUCGCCAUCUGCCUACAAGCACAGAAGUGGAUGCACGGUGGUCUGGACAGUAAUGUGUUCCUGCAGUACCUGGCCUGGGUCACCUACCCCGUUGUCCUCAUCACCUUUUCCGCAGGCUUCACUCAGAUCCUUGCUCCACAGGCUGUUGGUUCAGGUAUUCCAGAAAUGAAGACCAUCCUGCGUGGAGUCGUCCUAAAAGAAUACCUCACCUUCAAAACUUUUGUGGCCAAAGUCAUCGGCCUCACCUGUGCCCUGGGCAGUGGCAUGCCACUAGGCAAAGAGGGUCCCUUUGUGCACAUCGCCAGUCUGUGUGCAGCUCUCCUCAGCAAGUUUAUGUCUCUGUUUGGAGGAAUCUAUGAGAAUGAGUCGAGGAACAUAGAGAUGCUGGCAGCAGCCUGUGCCGUGGGAGUUGGUUGCUGUUUCGCUGCCCCCAUAGGAGGUGUGCUGUUCAGUAUUGAAGUAACUUCCACAUUCUUUGCUGUGAGGAACUAUUGGAGGGGCUUCUUUGCUGCCACUUUCAGUGCCUUCAUCUUCAGGGUAUUAGCUGUUUGGAACAGAGAUGAAGAGACCAUCACAGCUCUGUUUAAAACCCGCUUCCGAUUAGACUUUCCCUUUGACCUCCAGGAGCUUCCUGCCUUCGCUGUCAUUGGUAUUGCCAGUGGUUUCGGUGGGGCUUUGUUUGUCUACCUGAAUCGACUCAUUGUCCAGUUCAUGAGGAAACAGAAGGUCAUCAACAAAUUUCUAAUGAAAAAACGUCUGCUGUAUCCAGCACUGGUCACUUUAGUCCUUUCUACCCUCACAUUUCCUCCUGGCUUUGGACAGUUUAUGGCUGGAAAACUGACUCAGAAAGAGGCUUUGGUGACACUACUGGACAACCGAACCUGGGCCAAACAGGGCAUCGCCGAGGAGUUCGACUACAUUGGAAAUGCACAAGCCUGGACACACACAUUUGCACACUCAUUUGGCAUGCUUUUCAUACUUGUAGUUAUGUUUUUCUGGAUGUCUGCCUUGGCCAUCACUAUCCCAGUGCCCUCCGGAGCCUUCAUGCCAGUAUUUGUCAUUGGGGCAGCCUUUGGUCGUCUGGUUGGAGAAAGCAUGGCUGCCUGGUUCCCUGAUGGCAUUAACACAGAUGGUACCAUCUACCCCAUAGUGCCAGGAGGCUAUGCUGUUGUGGGUGCUGCAGCCUUGUCGGGAGCAGUCACCCACACGGUUUCUACUGCAGUCAUCGUGUUUGAGCUGACUGGCCAGAUCUCCCACAUCCUGCCGGUAAUGAUAGCAGUGAUCUUAGCCAAUGCCGUGGCCCAGUCCCUGCAGCCCUCCCUCUACGACUCCAUCAUCAGGAUCAAGAAGCUUCCCUACCUCCCAGAGCUGGGCUGGGGUCAUCACGAGAAGUACAAUAUUCGUGUUGAGGACAUUAUGGUACGCGACGUGCGGUACAUCACACUCAACUGCUGCUACAGAGACCUGCAUAACGUGCUGCUGACGGGCCAGCUCAAAACGCUCGCACUCGUGGAAUCAGCUGAGUCAAUGAUCCUGCUGGGUUCCAUCGAGCGUGCCCAGCUCCAGUCGCUGCUCUCACAGCAGCUCGGCCGUGCCAGGCGGCUGCAGUACAUCAGGGAACGAGCCAUCGAGGAGAAGAAACGCCUAUCCAUCGUGUCGGACCCAGCCAGCGACGACAACGGCAGCCAGCGCACCAGCCAGGAAGUCCGCUUCCAGAUCUCAACUGAGGAGUCGUCCUUCAGUCCCACUCGUCCAGUACCUCAUAAGCCCCUCAAACCCGCUCUGAAAAGACCCUCUGUGGUGGAGCGACCCACCGAGCUUCCCACCAGCCCACAUGAUCAUUCGGGUAUUGCACUGAAGAACCUUUUCUGCUCCAGUCCAGACACAGAAGCCCUGGAGGAUGAUGGAGAUGUGGAAGAUGACAUGACCAUUAGAGAGAUCGCAGAGUGGGAAGAGAGGCAGCUUGAUGAGCAGGUCAACUUCAACAACUGCAAGAUCGACCCUGCCCCGUUCCAGCUGGUGGAGCGCACGUCACUGCAUAAGACCCACACCAUCUUCUCCCUGCUUGGCCUCGACCACGCCUACGUCACCAGCAUUGGACGCCUUAUCGGGGUGGUUUCCCUUAAAGAACUCCGUAAAGCAAUUGAGGGCUCAGUGACUGUGAAAGGUGUAAAGGUGCGCCCCCCUCUGGCCAGUUUCCGGGACAGCGGCACAAGCAGCAGCGAGAACGAAACCACCGAGCUCCACAAGCUGUGGGACCGCCACAAGAGCAUGUCGCUGCCACGCGAAAGCACCCCCUCCGAGUCCGAAGAGAAGUCCCAGUAAGGGAAAAGGUGAUGAGGAAGAAGAGGAGGAGGAGGAAGAUGAAGCAUUGAGGUCUUUAAUCACUCAAAGCUACAAACAUUCAAAAAUCCUCAGGGCUCAGGAUCAACAGGCCAGCUUCCUCUUCAUCUCUCGCCUCAUCUGCUCCUCUCCCUCCUUCUCCGCUAACUUCCGUUCUUCCCGGACCACCCAGUGCUUUCUCCAGGAGCCUUGCACUGACCCAGAGAGACACUCCACCAGAGGAGUGGAACAAAACCUGUGCCCUGCUCUCCAUUUACCCUUGGGAACCCACAGCAGAGCCAGUGUGGAUUAGGGUUACCGAGACUGGGUUAAAAUGAAAAGGGAUUCUUUCUUCUUCUUUUUUCUCUCUCUUUUUUUUUUUUUUUUAGCAGACAUUGCUUAGCUUGUGUGUCUUUUGAUUUGGGAUCAAAGUUUCAACCUGCAGAUGUAAUCCUUUAAAUGAGUCUUCCACUUAAGGUAGAGAAAUUCAGCAGUGGUGACAAGGAAGACUACUGUAAUGUGUGCAUGUGUCUUUUGAAAGCGUGUGUGAGUGAAAUGAGACAAUGGGUGUGCGCAUGAAGAGGGAGGUAGCAAAACAGCUAUAUCCUACAGGAUUUUUCUUUUUAAUUAUUACGUCUCAAGAACACAUGUUAGACUUUGUUUUCCUCAUUUAUCUGAAUGAUCAGGUGGUCUGGGUUUGACUGGAAUUGGCCAUUUCUUUAUAAAUUACACUGCAGUUUGUCCAGUAGUGGACUCAUAAGGGGAGAGAUGCCUUAGCUUUUCUGUGUUUUCUUAUUUCCAUUGCCCCUCUUUACCUCUUCACUUCGAGUCUUAAUGGUCAGGUUGAGAGCAGAGCCUAUGCAAGCAGACUUGCCUGUUGGCAGCGACUGAGGCACCUGUAGCCCUUUUCAUAACGUCCUUUCAUGCUGUAGCCGCAGCCUUCACACGCACAUAGAAACACACACCAACAUUUUAACGGCGAUGCACUCGGCGAGUCAAGGUUUUCUGCUUAUCUAAAUAUAGCUUUUAAUAAGUGUUCUAGAGAGGGUUGGGGCGGAUGGAGAGGGCAGGAAGCAAGUGAGGGAGGGAGGAAGAGCAUGGAGCAAAUGGAUGGCUGAAAGAAUGAAGCUGUCAUUACCUAACCAACUGCUCUGUGCUCUCUCAUCAAUCUGCCUUUGAGUGCCAUGUAAGUUUGUAUCAGAGACAUAACCCCAACAGAUAAAUGGCGGGGUGGUUCACAGGGUGAGGCGCACAGUGCAAGAGUGCCCAAUGAUGACGUGCGGGCAUGUGGGAACCAUGACCAACAUUAGUAGUAACAUUAUUUAUUAGAAAGCAUUAAAGAAAAUCUAUAAGUGACCAGCAGAGAGCAUUCACAGAUUUAGUUUAAUCAUUCAUUCCAGUUAAUUUACCAGUCCCAUCACCAACUUCAUCACCACUGGAGAAACUUCCGAGUACUCGUCAGCUUACCUGAUUCAAAUUUGGCUGAUCUCAACUUCAAGGUUAUCUUCUCGGGCACCACUGGACCGUUUUCAAUUCAUAUAGAUUACCAUGCCCAAGAAGAUGGUUCAUUGACUUGAGACCUGCCGAACUUUAAAACGAGUCAGUUUGAUCACACCUCGUGUUAAACCAGAAACCUGAUGCGUCAAUGUUUUAACUGCAGCGGGGUUUCUGUCAUGACAGAUAACGAUAAAGUACUUUGAGUUUAAUAAUUCAUGUCUGCCAUAAUGCUCCAGGCUCGGCUGCUCAUCAACAGUAAAACACUGAUCUGGUUUGCCUAGCGUCUAACCAUCUUUUCCCUAUAUUUGUUAUUAUUUUUGACUACUGACAAACACAUAUUUUAAAGACACGCUCCUUUUUUUUUUUUUUUUUUUUACUGACACUACUUCCUGCAGAAUUGGCCCUGAAUGCCUUAAAAAUGCACUCACACACAUAUCCCUCCAAGCUCACUUCUGUGUGCGAUGUGUUGCAUGGAUUUUAGUUUAUCGGGUCGUGUCUUGUCUUGCUGCACCCAACCCCCCCAUAAAUUGAAAACGCACACAGUGACAUAGCAGCAUGCCUUUGCAUGAGAGAGAGUGCAUGUGGGGGGGAGUUUUCUAUGAACAUAACGUACCAAAAAAAACCCCAAAAAAGUCAAAAGCUUGACAGGAAUGAAUAUGGAUGGAGUGAAUGAGGUUUGUCAUCAUGUGCCUGUGAUUUUUGUUCUCUUCGAUGGCAUCUUCCACUCAUCCAGCGAGCUUUAUUCAGCCCCUGAUUUUAACCCGGGAUGGGGGGGGGGGAUUUUUGGGUUAGCACAUUUCUACUUAAAGAUUAAUAUAUUUAAUUUCAUUCCUGUAAUAUAAAAUCAUUAUUGAAUGUCUUAACCAGUCAUGACUUGUUGGAAGGAAAUUUGGGGCUUGUUUUAUAUUUGUCGCAUUAUGUUGAUUUUUAAAGUUAAAGUUUCUUUUUGUUUUUUUUCCUUUUUUCUAAUGCAAAUUUUAACGUGAUGUUGGAUAUAUUUGUAUUAUUAUAGACUUUUUUGUCCUUUUUUUGUAAAAUGCAAAUAACACUAACUGGGGGACUCCCGAUGGCGGGAAAAAUGGAAGAAAUGUAAUCACGAAGCCAUGAGACGUUAAUGUGGAAGCGACCAGCAUGCGGUCCACUGUUGACAUGUUCAUUUCACAAGUGCCUCCUCUUCUUUAACAGCGGGAAUAAGCAAUCGAUACUUGGGGGGGGGGGUGCGGGUGUGUGCGUGUACACAACCAGAGAACCUGCUCUGUACACACAAACAGACACGCAAAUACAGUAUGGGAGUGGGGUGGGUGAGGUUUCAGAGCAUGCGAGUGCACUUAUCUCCAUGGAACCUUCCCCAACACCCCCAUUACAGCUCACCCGGGUGGGGGGGGACAAGUGACCGACAUCCACUGAUUUGGUUCUUUUCAUUUGUUUGUGCUUUUCAUCGAUUUUCAUUAUUCCAGCUCCUGCCGCAGCCUUCCUUGUUUCCGCCGACAUUUUCACUGCGUUUCAUCUCAUUUUGCUAGCAGGCGGACCCAGGCCCAGCUACAUGCAUAUUUAUUAGCCAGUGCUAAUCAGAGUACAAAUAGUACUUUUCUUUUUUCUCCCCUCCUCAUUUUGUGUUUUGUUUUUUUUAUGGUUGAUCUAUUUGUGGUUAAUCAAUUUGUGCAAUAACAGUGGUUCAUCUCACUUUGUAACCCAGUUUGAAUCAAUGGCGUGAAUGCGGUAUAACCUUAUUUUUGUAAAGAAACCUGAAAAGUGUAAAAACAUGUAUAUGUAGGCAGAGAAGCUACUCUCACACGGGAGCUACUGUGUGAUGAAGCGACGAUGGAAUUAGGGGGUUGUAACAAUCCUGAAACCGACACAAAAAUCCAGAAUCUUCCAUGUUCAUGUACCAUGAUGCCACUGUGGAGCUUUUUAACAUGCACUGAGUCACCGGGGACUUAUCUAUGUUUGGGUUUGGUUUCGGUUUAGCCACAUGCUAAAAAAAAAAGUAAAAGUUAAAAAGUUCCAUUUCAAAUGAGACAUUGAGGAAUUGCCACUACAGUGUUUUCUAGAAAAACGUUUGCAUUUGGGUGUUUCAAACAGGCAAUAAGCUUUAAAAGAGGUGGAUGUUAACCUAACCCUACAUGAUUCACCAGUGACCUGUGGAUGUUGAUGCCUGGUUAAAGGUGACUGCUGUAACGUUAGGCAUGAGAAUAAUGGACUUUUUGCUUUGGAGAACAAAUAAUGGUUUAAAGCAAAGGUUUCCCAGAAGCUGCCAUGAAAGCUUACUAGAAUCUGUGUUGAAAUAUUAAACUGUUCACACCUUUAGGUCUUAAAAGGAAAAUGGGUUUUACACCUUAUUUGGUUUUUGGGAAACCUUUACCUUAAACAUUAGCUGCCACUGACAUACAAGCGCCUACCCCAGAUUUUCCCUGAUAAAACAGGCUCCUGGGAAAGUUUUAUUAUAAGCCCCUCUGUCCUCCCCUUCAGUCUGAGAGGCUUUGAUAAGACCCCAAUCCCCCAUCAGCUGAUGAGGGUAAUCUUUUAUCCACUCCUAAGGGACUGUAAAUACUGGAGGCCUCCACUAUGGCAAACCCCCCAAGGGCCAAACCAGACCGAGCUGAACAAGAUCCAGAGCUAUUUUUCGCACCGAACAAAAAGAAACAUUGUUUUUGUAUAUCAGUGAUGAAUAAAUGAGAUUUUAACAAA